AUGGCUCUCCGUCUCGGCGCUCAUCCCCUCGCUGUCUCGGUGCCCGCUUCUCAGAGCGCGACGCCUCGUCACUGCCAGGAGGCAAAGAGCGUGGCCCGAGUUAGCGUCGUCGCGUCGGCUUCAGCGAAGCAGCCGGAGGAUCUCGCAAGGCCGGUGAGUCGCCGCCACGUGCUCAUUGGUGCGGGUGCGCUCGCAGCGACCGUAUCUCCUUUCUUCGCCGGAGCUCGCUACGCGCUGGCGGAGGAGGAGAGUGCAGAGGAGCUUGCACCUGCACUCACUGACGACGCCGUUGAGGAAGCCGUCGCGGAACCUGAAGCCCAACCCGAGGCCCAGUCUGAGCCCGAGCCUGAGGCCACCCCGGAGACGGAAGCGGAGGCCGAGUCCGCAACCGAACCCGAGCCUGAGGCCACUCCCGAGCCGGAAGCGGAGGCCGAGCCUGAGGCCGAACCUGAGACUGCUCCGGAGCCCGAGCCCGUGGCCGAGGCUGAGACUGAGACGGAGGGUGAAGCGGAGAAGGAAGGCGAGGUGGAGGUAUUUAGCAACGAUGAUGAUUCUGAUUCGGACUCGGACUCGGAGUACGGCGAGCUGGAGGAGACGCCCGUGCUCAAGGCCAUGGCUGAGCUCUCCAGCUUCCUGGAGGAGCUCAAGAAGCUCGCGGAGUUGCCGUGA